AUGUUUAGAAACGCGAAAAAAGAUGCACAGAAGGCGGAGGAGUACGCGAAGGAAGGGGAUUAUGGCUCCAUUUUCUCGGUCUCUGGACCUGUCGUGGUGGCUGAAAACAUGAUAGGAUGUGCCAUGUAUGAGCUGGUCCGAGUCGGUCACGAUUCGUUGGUUGGAGAAGUCAUUCGAAUUGAGGCAGACAAAGCUACUAUUCAGGUUUAUGAAGAAACAGCUGGUGUGACUGUGGGUGAUCCAGUUUUGCGAACCGGGAAGCCUCUUUCAGUCGAGCUUGGCCCAGGGUUGAUGGAGACUAUUUACGAUGGAAUCCAACGCCCUCUCAAGACCAUCAACGAGAUUUCGAACAGUAUUUACAUUCCCCGCGGUAUCGCGACCCCCGCACUUGAUGUAAGAAGAAGCUGGGAUUUUACCCCUGCGAAGCUUAAGGUCGGAGAUCACAUUACCGGCGGAGACAUAUUCGGUAGCGUUUAUGAGAAUUCGCUUUUAGAUGACCAUAAAAUUAUGUUACCUCCUCGUGCUAGGGGAACUAUCACUCACAUUGCCGAGAAAGGAUCCUACACUUUGGAAGACAAGGUUUUAGAGGUUGAAUUUGAGGGGAAAACACAAAGCUUCACCAUGAUGCAUACAUGGCCUGUCCGUGUUCCUAGACCUGUUACUGAGAGACUUUCAGCGGACUAUCCGCUAUUGACUGGACAGAGGGUGUUGGAUGCCUUGUUCCCUUGUGUGCAAGGUGGUACCACUGCUAUACCAGGCGCUUUCGGAUGUGGAAAGACUGUCAUUUCUCAAGCAUUGUCUAAGUUCUCUAAUUCCGACUGUAUCAUUUACGUUGGAUGCGGUGAACGUGGUAACGAAAUGGCCGAAGUGUUGAUGGAUUUCCCAGAGCUUUCUAUCGAAAUCAACGGACGUAAAGAGCCUAUCAUGAAACGUACUACCCUAGUCGCAAACACCUCCAAUAUGCCCGUAGCAGCCCGUGAAGCCUCUAUCUACACUGGUAUCACACUUGCCGAGUAUUUCCGUGACCAAGGCAAAGACGUUGCUAUGAUGGCCGAUUCCUCUUCCCGUUGGGCUGAGGCUCUUCGUGAAAUCUCUGGGCGUUUGGGUGAGAUGCCUGCCGAUCAAGGAUUUCCGGCCUACCUUGGUGCCAAGCUCGCCAGUUUCUACGAGCGUGCGGGUAAGGUGACAGCUCUUGGUAGCCCCGGGCGAGUUGGAAGUGUCAGUAUCGUUGGUGCUGUGUCGCCGCCUGGUGGUGAUUUUGCUGAUCCUGUUACUUCUUCUACUUUGGGUAUUGUACAGGUGUUUUGGGGUCUUGACAAGAAAUUGGCUCAACGAAAGCAUUUCCCCAGUAUCAACACAUCUCUUAGUUACAGCAAGUACACCAAUGUGUUGGAUAAAUAUUAUUCAAAGAACUACCCUGAAUUCCCUGUGCUUCGUGAUCGCAUCAAGCAACUUCUUUCCGACAGCGAAGACCUUGACCAGGUCGUACAGCUUGUUGGUAAAUCUGCGCUGUCAGACCCCGACAAGAUUACGCUGGAUGUUAGCUCUUUGAUCAAAGAAGAUUUCCUUCAACAGAAUGGGUACUCCAAGCACGACCAGUACUGUCCUGUAUGGAAGACUCUGUGGAUGAUGAAAGCUAUGAUGGCGUUUUAUGAUGAGUCUCAGAAGGCUGUUCAGGCUGGUGUCCAAUGGAGUAAGAUCCGUGAGGCCACUGCAGAUGUGCAGCAUCAGCUUAGAUCAAUGAAGUUCGAGAUCCCAGAUGAUGGUGAAAAGGCGAUCACUGAGCGCUAUGAGAAGCUUUAUAACGACAUGAUGGAGAAGUUUGCUAGCGUUGCUGAUGAAUAG